GCUCCGCCUGUAAGCUUGCACGGCGCGUGACACCUCGUCGGUUCUGGUCUCAGAAGCGGAGCUGCGCGUGCGGUCUGUCUCUGAAGGCUACGUGGAAACUUCACCUGAGCGUCUAUGAUGGAAACCAGACAACAAGAGUUGUACUCUAGUGUUCUGAGUGAAGCAGUGCUGGACUGGGCCAGCUUGGGCCCAGGAGAGGAAUGGGUUGACCCAGCAACACAUGAAGGAGAGCUGGGUUUGGAUAAGUUUCACCGUGCCGGUGGUGAGGAAUCCAAUCGAAAGAGCUCAUAUGGGGAGGAUUUGGCCCCAUUGGUCCAAAAUGGGGAAAACCUAACAGACUGGGGUUACUCCUCGACUCAGAUGGAGGAGCAGUGGUCUCAUACAUCAGGGUGCCAGACUGACAGCUGGGCCAUGUCUACUACUUGGGACAUGCAGCUAGACAGCACAGAGAGAGGACGCCUCACUGCAGGUUUUCUAGACUCUCAGCCUCUGAGGGAGGCUGAUGAGGAUUUGGUGUCAGAAGUCAGCCUCAACAACACCAACAUAACAGAGGAGGAGAGAGAAGAGAUUCUGCAGGAGCUGACUAAGUUGGAAGAGGAAAUCAGCACACUGAAGCAGGUUUUGCUGUCCAAAGAGAAGCAGCACUCUGAGCUCAAACAGAAGCUGGGCAUGACUCCUCUCAGUGAGCUCAGGAACAACUUCAGCAGAAGCUGGCAUGACAUGCAGAGCACUACGGCAUACAAGAAGACAUCAGAGACGCUGUCCACCGCAGGACAGAAAACCUCAGCUGCUUUCAGCACCUUUGGGAGCGCCAUUACCAGAAAGUUUGGAGACAUGAGCAUGGCCGGUUUAGAGUUACUGUUUCCACGCAGGUCCAACUCAAUAGGAUACUCUGUCAGGCACUCUAUGAGCAUGCCUGCCAUGAGAAACUCACCCAGUUUCAAAUCCUUUGAAGAGAAAGUUGAAAACACCGUUACCACCAUCAAGACCAAAGUUGGAGGCACUGGGACCGGCGGCAGUUUCGAGGAGGUCCUCUCAUCUGCAGCCAACGCCAGCUCUCAGGACACGCCCACCAACAACCUGACUGACACCCCGGAGAGACCAUGCUAGGAUUCCGUCUCGCUCCACUCACAGCACAUUGUUGUGGAUCUAUAGAAUUUAAGACCAAAGUGGAAAGCAGUGUUUUGAUUUUGCAGACAAGUCCUUACUAAAUCCUGCAAGUGCGAUGAAAUUGCUGGCAAUAUAAGUCUAUUUGCUUUUGCUUUAAUUUUAGGAAUCUGAUAAAAAAAAAAGAAAGUGGGAUCUGAUAAAACAAUGAAUUUGAGAAAAAAAGUCAUUGUUUUAAGCUCGUAGAUUUAAGCCUCUUGGUUACAACUGAGGUUCUAUAAAACAAGGAGCUCAUAUCUAACCUUAAAGAAAAUCAUACCAUUAAAUUCAUGUCAUUGAUCAGGUAAGUCUGACACGUUGCUCCAGGUUCAGUCUGUUACACUAUAAAUAGUUCAUGUUUUAGUUGAGAGCAGAUUUCUUUAAAGGUAGAUGAAACGUCCAGUCAGAGAUGAUGUGACACUACCAAGCCUACGCAAUGUUUUUAACUAACUAAAAUACUUCACACAACGUUGCUCCCUUUCACUGUAUUCAUUUACAAGUUAGCCAAUAUGUGUACAAAACAAUUUAUGGCUACAGUUUCUAAAAAAAAAAGAGGAUUUAGUAAAUGUAGGGAAGAUUUACUGCUUUUUUUCUGUCAAUCUGUGUGGGCUCCUUAUAGCUUUGCCAUGAAAGUAGCUUUGCAUCAGAAAAUGCAUUUAUUUUUUAACUGUUUAAAUGUUUUCAAAUGAUGGACUUCUUUCCAAUGGCAUUUAGAGCAUUCAGUCACUGAAAGAACCAAUAGUCUGUGAGGUUAAAGAUGUUUUAUGAAAAAUACACAGAAUAUCAUCUGAAUUUAUAUAAUAAAUUCCGCUGUUUAAAUAACCCAAAGCAAAUAAGGCUGCAUGUUCCAGCCGGAUUUUAUUCUGUAAACAAGAUGCAAUGUAAAAAGUAAUGAACCUUCUUGAAUUCUGUAACAAAACCUUAUUUUGGUUUUUAUUCCCGAUGUUUUUCUGCAGACUGCCUUGAAAAUUCCUAUUAUGGAGGAAACUAGGAGGCAUGUGGUGCUGCAACUUUUACUUAUCUUUUUAUGGAUAACUUUUGUGAUAUUGGAUUUACCUUAUAUGUGCAAUGUGACAGUAUUUAAACUAACCAAUAAAUCUGGUUAAUGUAGGAAUUUCUUGUUCAAUAAAAAAAACAAGAGUGGAAAA